AUGCGCCUGCGGCGGGAGGGGAGCGUCCCGCGGAGCCCGCCGCCGCCUUCUGCAGAGCUGGCCCGGCGCGCUCCGCCGCAGCCCGGCCCGGACUCACAAACUGGGAAAUCUAUACAGUUAGCUCCAGAGUCUCAGCUGAAAGAUGUGAAACCUACUCUACUGAGUCUAAGACCAGAACAGCAAACUAUCAAAUCUGCUGAGUUAGGCCCAGUACAACAGUUGCAAAGUAAUAAACAUAUAGAUCUGACUCCUAGUUCACAAUUGAAAGGUGCAGAGCAACUUAAUUUGUCCAUACCACCAGUGCUUCCAGAUAUAAAAAGUACAGAAUUGAGGAAAAGGUCAUUACAGAGAGAUACAAAACUGAAACUGAUAGAAUCAGUUCCAAAGCUAAGUUUACAAGAUUUAAGAUCUGAGAAGAUGUUAUCUCCAACACUAAUGACUAAAGGUAUGGAAAUGCCCCAAGUGGCAGAAUGUAGGAGACUCAUUUCUGAGACACAGAAACAAGGUAAGAAAUAUGAGGAACUGGACCCAGGGGGACGUGUUCAAGCAGUGAAAUCUAUAGAGCUGAAGUCCAGUAACACAGAUCCUGAAGGAUUGACUUCAGGGCAUCAAACUUUAGAAUCUUUAGAAAUGAUCUCAGAGCCAGAAUAUCAAGACACAAAAACAAAACUGAACUUUGACACUUGUCACCAGACAAAAGAAUCUGUGGGAUCGAUACAAUCAUCUUCAAGAGAUACUCCAGGGCCAUUGAGUCAAGCUUCAGAAUCUAUUCAAGUGAACUCAGAGUCAUUACAAAGUACUCCUAACACACUACAAAGCAUGCAAUUCAUGAGGGAUAAGCCAGUGUCACAAUAUACAAUACGAAGAACUCCGAAGUUGGUGCCAAUAUCAGAGAUGCAAGAUGCAGAAUCAGAGGUGUUGAUCCCAGAGCCCCAAGACUAA